GAGUUAGCACCGCCCCGCGAACAAUGGCACACUUUCGUGCGGGAGAAAUCUCGCAGCGCUCGUUUUCGUGUCUGCUCUCCCUUCUCUUUUGCAGUGCAGUAUUUUAGGAAAGAGAAGAUUUACAGCACGACUUCGCAGUAAAAUCAGUACAUUCGCGUGAAUUAAAUUGAAUUUUCCGCAUCUUACUUGUGUGAAGAAUACAUCAACGUAGGCGUUUGGUCGAUUUUUAAUUGUUUUUUUUUUUCGUCCGUCGCGUGAAUGGCAACCGGUAUUUUUUUUUCUGUAAUGGUGCUGCACUGUAAAAGCAGGAGAAAGGCUGCGGAGCGGGUCGGGUACUAACUGAUUGUUGUCAGCCUCCAAGCAUAUAUUAUGUUCCUUGCGAGAAGUGACAGGGACGGGGCGCGGUAUGCUAAACGCAAACUCUUGUCAUGAGCACCGGGACAUGUGGAGCUACAGAUGCCGUGCAGUUCAAAUGUGACGUGAAACAUCUGUGCGCGAGAAAUUCUCAAGGCCUUUGUGCCCACAGAGCCACGCCAUGGAGCAUUCCGACCUGGUGGCAGAGAUGCCUCACGUGGAGCGCCUCAGCACCCAGGAGCGCCUGCAUCUGGCGCGGCGGAGACGCCUGCAGCAGCUCAAAGUGUGGUCGCAGCGGGAGAAGGAGUGGCAGCGGCGACACAGGAGCAACCACAGCACCAUCAACCCGAAGAAGAGGAGCAUCUAUUUCAGUGACAGUGUCAUGUUGCUGGAAGCCGCAGCUAGAAAUGACAUUGAAGAGGUAAGAAGAUUACUAAUGAAAGAUGUGAAUCCGGAUUCAACAAAUGAAGAUGGUCUUACGGCCCUACAUCAGUGCUGCAUCGACGACAAUGAGGAGAUGAUGAAGCUGCUGGUGGACUACGGCGCGAACGUGAACGCGGAGGACAGCGAGAAGUGGACGCCCCUGCACGCGGCGGCCACGUGCGGACACCUCCACCUCGUGCGCUACCUCAUCAGCCGGGGCGCCAACCUGCUGGCCGUGAACGCGGACGGCAACAUGCCCUAUGACAUCUGCGAGGAAGAGGCGGCCCUGGACUACAUUGAGGGGGAGAUGGCGCGGCGCGGCGUCACCCAGGAGCUCAUCGACGAGACGCGGGCGUCCACGGAGUCGCAGAUGCUGCGGGACCUGCAGCAGUUGGCAGCCCUGGGCAUGGACCUGGAGACCCCGGACCACCAGGGCGCCACUCCGCUGCACAUAGCCGCGGCGAACGGCUACCUCCGGGUCGUGGAGUUCCUGUUGGACCAGUCCGUGCUGACCAACGUCAAGGACAACGACGACUGGCAGCCCGUCCACGCGGCGGCUUGCUGGGGACACCUGGAAGUGUUGGAGCUUCUAGUGCAGCAUGGGGCUGACCUGAACGCCAAGACGAAGCACGAAGAGACACCAGCAGACAUCUGCGAGGACCCGGAGCUGCGGGAGCGCAUCGUGCAGCUGCGCAGCGAGCAGGAGACGAAGCGUCUGCAGGAGACCAAGAACCGGCGCGUGAACCGCUCCCAGUCCAACACCCGCACCCAGUCGGUCCGGCGCACGUCCAUCCGCGACAAGACCAUCAUCACCAAGAAGGACGCCGUCGAGGAGGCCAGGCUCCGGAUACAGGCCCAGGAGGUGUUUGUGCUGCCGCCCGCCGCCACGGGGGGCGACGCGGGCGGGGCCCAGCCCGAGGCCUCGACGCCCGACGGCCCGCAGGCGGAGCCCCCCAGGGAGAAUGGGGAGCUGCCCCGGCCCGACCAGGACCUGUCCGUCGCGCUCCCCGCGGAGAGGCGGGAGCCGGAGGGCAAGGACGACGACUCCCAGGAGGAGUUCCAGCCGGGCGACCUCAAGAGCAAGGCGCUAGGUCUCCCGACGAGCUACGUGACGGGGGGCAACGGCAACAUCAACAUCCACGUGUCGGUGACCAUCAACGCGGGGACGCUGGCCGACCUGAAGAAGCAGCGGGCCCAGAGCCGCAACAGCAGCCCCGACGGGGUGGCGUCCCUGUCGCCCCUGCCCUCCGUGUCGGGCUCGGACCUGCCCGGCAGCCCGCCCGCCGCCGUCCGGCGCUUCCGUGGCGACACGGAGGACGCCAUGUCGGAGGCGAGGAACAAGCGCUGCUGCGUCGUCUCCUGACUCGGGCCGAGCGUCGCGAGGUACCAUGUUCUAAACUAUAACUGUUGUCUUGAGAUCAAUUUUAAAUAUUCAAAUACGUACUUAAUAAAAUCUUCAUAGCCAAGGGAUUGGCACAAAGUGUUAUGUAUACAUUAUCCAUAGAGUUGAGCUCAGCAAUUUGUUUAUUCAGAACCAUUCAACAUAUUUUUAUAAGAUGUAUAAAUUUCAUCCAAGUACAAAUGAUAUUGUAGAUUUACGUACAGUGAUGGUAGAGUAGCGUAGUGCAGUUAACAGGUGUGUGUUGGGCGGGACGCAACUCGCCGGCUCUGUUGUUAUUAGAGACUUCAAGAAACUGCUAGUCAGUGGCGUACUCUGUCCGAGUGGCAAAUAUCGUACUUACUUAAAGUAAUGUCAAGGUUGCUUACAUUUCCUGUAAGCUUGGGGUUAUUUGUAUUACAAAACAAAGUAAAUCAUAUUACAUAUAUUAUGUUCCUGAAAAUUGUUUUAAGUUUUUUUGCUUUGUAUAUUAAUUCUUUUUCUCCCCUAAAUUUAAAUAAUUUGAUUACUGAUCAUUUAUCACCAUUAUGAUGAUUAUUAUGUGAAAUUCACAUUCUACUGAUUAUUAUUUUUUCAUUUACACGAAAAUGAAUUUAAGCUUCAUAAUAUAGUUUAAGAGGUUGUGAAUAUUUUUGAGUGCUGUAUGUUUGUGAAUUGAACCUGGAAAGUCAUUUGAAGUGCAGUGAGUGUUAAUCAUUCCAAAAUUAUUAUUUAUUGAUUUUGGAUGGUUCUUCACAACUGUGGCUGUUCAAUUUUGACGUUCUUGUAGAAAACAAAAAUUCUUGCUGUUGGUGCUUUCUUUAAAAUUCUUUGAUUACUGAUGUACUGUACUCUUAUUUUGAUAUCAAUAGGAUUUUCCUAUGAAAUGCAUUAUAUAGCACAGCUGAGUUGAUCAUUAAGUUUUGUAGCAACUUCAUUAAAAACUCAUAACUGUCUUUGCGCAAUAACAUAAGACUCCAUUAAAAAAUAUUGUUUAGUUUAUUUAUGUUUCCUAUAUUUUAGGUUUGAUUUAUAUUUUGACUAUGUUAUGUGCUCUUUUUACUUCCAAAUUGUUUUUAUGAUUGUGAACUUUCUAUAUAAAUCACUUGGAAUAACAGUAAAAGGCAUUUAAAGCUGAGACUCAAACAUAUCUUUAUUUUAUUCCAUUUAUCUGUUAAUUAGUAGCCACCUAAGUCUCUUAUCAUUCCAAUUUCUGUUGCCGGCUUUAGUCGUUUGAGUGGUGUAUGUGCUUUAUUUUACUCAAAAUAAUUUUUUUAAAGAAUUUAUGGAAUUGAACUAUAGUCAGACACAGCUUGCAGUGAGUCCUUUAAAAAUGAUAUAAAUUUUUCAAUCUUGCAGUAGAACUUCAUACAUUAAACUUGGAAAAUUUUCAAAAAUUGUCUUGUUUUAGCUAGUACAUUGUGAACUGAGUACAUUUAAGUUACUGUUGGUGUUAUUUAUAAAAAUCUGUUGUUAGCUCAGGCAGUGGUAGCAUGGCUUAUCUCUGUAUGUUGAAUGCUCAUCAUAGAGCUAUAAAUUCACGUUUCUUGUAUGAAAGAUGGGAGUACCAGUCAUUAGGGAAGUAUUUUGACUAUAAAUAAUACUACUACUGUUGUACCAAAUCAGUUCUUUGUUACUCUUGUAAAUUGAUGUUUGCUGCUGAUGUUUCUAACUCAAGUACCAUAUAGCAGCUUUGCUGUGGUUUAUUUUCCUCUCAGUGUUAACAUUUUUAUAUUUGUUGCUCGCAUAAAUAUCAGCUUCCGUUCAGAGCAUGCCAAGUCGUAGUUUUUGUGACCUUCAGUACUAAAGAGAACUGUUAUUGCAAUGGCAUUUUGUUAAACUAUAUAUGCUGAAAUACUUAUAAAUUUGUUGACUUAAGGAUGAUCUCUAUAUUUAUAACUGCUGUUAAUGUACCUAUGUAUGUAGUUGUUAUUGUAUUAAGAGCUGGGUCAAUUGCAUAUUAUGGAUCAUUUGCAUAUUUCCAAGACUGUUCUCAAAGCAUGUUUUCAAUUCUAAGUAACACUAGAGUAAGUAUGCAUACAUACAAGAUGGGCUAUGCCUAUAGACAAUAUAAAUUCAUAUUAGUCUUAUAGAUUAAAAAAACUGUGCCAGUAGUGCUACAGAAAUGUUCCUAGCCUUGUAUUAAAAACCCGCUGAAUGCCUGUAUUUUUCACCACUGGUUGUAUGCAAGGCGAAGCAAUUAGAUUCAACCAUGAGUCUUACCAAAUGCAAAGUAUUAUUGUUAUGGCUCGACAUGGCAAAAUUUUUUUCUAUAUAUAAUUUGUAAUGAAAAAGAUUCAUCUCAUUUUAAGCUAGUUUUCUUUCUAAUAAGUUGCGACAAGAUUAUAUAUUGAAUUGCUAUAAACACAAAAUAACACUGAAGUGUUGUCAGUGCACCAUAAAACACCAAAACAAAAAUUAAAACACCAUAAAUAACUUAAAUGCAACUAAAUUCAUGAAAUUAACUAGCACACUAACAAAACUCAAAUUACAAAAUUGUAAUCUUUUAAUGUAUUCAUCAUGAAGUUUGUACUAAAAUUACUCAUCUCCUCUUUUGAGGAGCUUACAUCUCAUAUUAGUAUACCUCAAUGAGUAUCUCGUAUUAGUUACUCAUUUUUACAAUUCUGAUGUUUCAACAUUUUUUUGAAACACUAACACUUGCCAAUUUAUUUUUAUUCCAAAAAAUUCUGGUCUGGUCAUGAUUAUUACUAAUUAUUUAUUGUAAAAUUGCAUGAUGAUUUAAUCAAAAUUAUUAAUUUAAAUAAUUUCAAGAUUUGAGCAUCAUUUAAGAAUUUAUAAAAACUGAAAUCCACUGUUAAAAACUAAAAUAGCUUAAAAAUAAAACCAUAAAUAUGUAGAUAGAGGGGAAUAGAGCAGGGUCUCUUUCACUUCCUUUCUCUCCUCUUCCUAUCGGCAGCCUCCCUUCACCUUCAAAGCAUCUGUCUCUCUCAUUCCAUUUUGUUUUUUAACCACUGCUUUAGUGCUGCAAUGGUCCACAGUAAAAAUUAAUCUUUUUAAAGAGGCCAUAGAAAUCACUAGGUUGUUACUUAAUAAAGCAGCACAUGCAAAGCUCUUGUAAAUACUGCAGUUUGUUAAAUUGUUAAAUACUGUAGUUUGUUUAGUCAAACUGAUGGUGUAUUAAUAAACUCUCGUACCAUCGGGUGUCUUGUAACAUCUCUUACUAGUGUUUGUGGUUCCACUAUAGUGCCAUAUCAACAUAACUAGUUUGCAACUCCAUAUCAUUCACAUUUGUGCUUACAAAUUUCCAGUGUAUUUUCUUGUAAUUGAAAUUUUUUUCAGAAUUGUCAAAUAAUUAUGGCCUAGAACAAUUAAAAAUAUUCAUAAAUGUAUGUUUUUAUAAAAUAAAUUAAUCUAUGUUGAGGUUAUAGUUAAGUGUAUACAGUGGUGGCCUUACCUUUUCUGAUUCAGUGGUUCAGGUAGGUCUGUGCUGAUGUGUAUAAAGUUUACAGUGAAAAACUGCAAGAAUUGGUAUUGGAUACGGUUUCGGUAUUGACGAAUGUGUGGCUAUUUUUUUAGCCUGGUUGAAAGUUUAGUAUUAUGCUUAAACAUAGAUGUUCCUUUCAAAAAGUCAAUAGUCCAAAAUUCAUUAAAUACAUUGCCAAAACCAAAAAUUAGAAUAUAGGUGUGAUAGGUCAAGUUUUUCUUUGAUAACAUAUAAUAAAAAUAAUAUAUAACUUCUUUUAAUAAUGAGAAAAUUUUAAAUAUUUAGGUAGGUUAUCAAAUGAGCACAACCAGUCCACCUUGCAUACAAAAUGAUCCAUGGUAUGUUAAUACAGGCAAAUUGUGUACUAGGCUAAACUGCUUGACCAAACUAAAAUCUGGUAAUGAACUUCAUAAGCAACACAGGGACUCUAUCAUUGUGAUUUUGUUGGGUUGGAAACAUAUAUAAUUUGCAUACAGGUUUCGCACCACUUUUGCAGUACUUUUUUUUUUUGUGAACAUGUGAUAAAAAAUGUUGUGUAUAAAUAAAUGUUGAGUUUACGUUUAAAUCAUUGUGUUCCGAUUACCAACAUUAUAAAAAAAUUUGAUCAAUUAAAAUAUAUUACUUCUUUUUUGAAUAUGUGUGAAACUGGAUGUUGAUUAUGAAAAUUACAUCACUAAACAAGAUACUUUUUUAAUGAAAAAAAAACUCUAAUCACCCAGAAAAUCUGCAAUAUGGUAAUUACGAAUUACUAAUUAAAUAUCUGCAAGCUGUGUAGUUGGCCCAGCUCUGGUUUGUAAAAAAAAAUUUGUAACAUGGUUGUAAAAUAAUAUUUUUUUAAUGUGACACAGUGUUGAUGAAGAUCAGUGGAUUGCUGCCUUCCUAAAACAUUUAAAUUGAAAUCCCUACCUUCAAUUUUUUUUUUCAAGUUAAAUUCUGUUUCAUUUCCAAUUUUGGCUGGGAUCAUCAAGUUGGCUGGCUCUAAUUAAACACUUAGUUUUUAAUUUACUUUUAUUCUCGUGCCGUCUCGUAUACUGAACCAGGUUUACUACUAUAAGAAGUUCUGCUCCACUGUAUUUUUAAUAUUAAGUAGGCAGAUUAUUUACAUGUGAGUUGUACAGUAAGUUCCAGUCAUGCUUGAGAUUUUCAUCAGUUUAUUUUAUGCAUGAUUCAUGUGCGUGCAUGUGUAAGCAUGCAAGUGCUUGACUGCAUUUAACAUAUUUGUGUGUGUGUGUGUGUGUGACAUUGUUGAUUUUACACUUGCUUCCAACUACAUAUAAAAUUAAUGUGCAUGCUCUGUGGUUAAUGUCAUACUUAAUCUUCAAAACAUGAUUACGGAGAAGAUAAUGAAUGCUAUGCGUAGAACUGUUUGAUAUAUUUCACAGUUGUUAGGACGUGUAAGUUACACCAACGACCAGACAGACAUCUUCUGUUACUAUGGGGCUACUUCAAAAAAAACCUUAGUUUGCUUGAAUGUUGAGAAAUGGGCAAUAGUCAGUAGGUAUUAAGGAGUGAAGUUGGAAGUUUUUGAUGCUGUUGACUUGCCCGCUACAGCAGUUGGAAAUAAAGGCUGUCGUAGAAAAUCUCACCAAAUGUGAAAACUCAAACAAGCUAUCCAGAAGAAGCACGGAGCAUGCUGACUUCUGGUGUUGUGUUGGUUCGCGAUAACUCGCUACUGCUCAGCCCCAGGCACACACAAGAACUUGCAAAGCAGUUCCAUUGGGCUGCUUCUGAUCAUCCCCCCCUCCCCUAUAGCCCAGGUUUGUUACCGAGUGAUCACCUCUUCAGGCACUGCAAACAACGGAUCGAGUCACACCACUUCGAUGAUGACCGUGCACUUUGCUAUGCUUUUACAGAUCGCCUUCAUUCCCAAGCUGAACAUGUUUUUCACAAAGUUACUUAUCUAAACUUAUCUAAACUUACGACAAGUGCCGCUGUGUGUAUGGCAGUUAUGUCGAAAAGUUAAGUACAGUUGUAGUUAUAAAUUGCUUGUAGUAAAAUUUAUGUAACUUCAAGUGUCUGUCAUUUAUCACCAUACAGAGUUUUUCUUUUUCUGACUUACCCUCGUAUAAUGUGGGUGGUUACAAGUCGUAUUUCUUUCUAUAUUUUUACUCUAAAGCUGACUUCAAACCACAUUACUGCUGUUACUAGAUGAUGGUGUACGUAAUUGACUUGAUUGUGUGUUCGCAAGCAUGCUGUAGUUUCGUUUGGCAGCAAAUUGAUGUAGGUCCAUAGUUUCAGUAGCUCCCAUUCGUUGUUUGUUUGCCAACAUCCGUCCACAAUGGAAUCUGGCCCAGCCGGCAGUUUACUUCGUUGUUUUUCCCAUACAAACAUGCGCAAUGAAAUUACAAAUUUUUACUAUCGGACCAUAGUAGCCCAUUCACCUCCUGCCUGCCUGUUUCUUUUUCUAGGAUUCAUUUUGUGUGCGUUAAGUGUUGUUUUACGCAUCGGGCGAUACGUGGCGUGUUUCUCGCCGGCAGAAGUUGUGUUUGUUAAAGGGUUGUGAUUCAAACAGACAAAACACUGUGCUUCUUUGUAAGUUUUAGUGUGUUUCUCUGCAAUUUCUUUGUUUGUAAAAAUUUAAUAAGAACAAAGUCUGAUCAUAACAUUUUAAUUUUUUUUAUGCAACCAUAGAAUUUAACUAUGUAUAAGGGAAAAUAAUAUAGCUUUUCUAAUAUUUCAUGACUUUGAAAUGCUGCAAGUGUAAAAAAAAGUAAAGCGAUCUUUUUAAACGAGUCUGUACCAACCGUUAUAAAUUUUUUUUUCAUAUAGAUAUUAAAAAAAUAUGUUAGGUUUUUUCAUAAUGUUUUUUAAGUUGCCAAUUUUUUUUAUUGAAUAUCUGUGAUCAGUGUGAGGGUGAUGGAAGUGACAUGCAGUUUGUGCUGGCUCUCCUUCUCGAAGACAAGGGAGUAAACCAAGCAACAGAAAAAAAAUCAGGUGGUUUUUAGUCAUGCGCACGUAGCCCAGACAUGUGAAACUUCCUGAUGUAGGUAAAUUAGGUAAUGUGUUGAAUGUAAGCUUAUCCCAAAUCUGGCUGACAGAAUCAUCAUAGUUUAGGAUGAGUUGUUGCUUACUGAGUUAUAAUGUUUUGCCUCCCUUUUUCACGUACAUGGUUUUAUCAUGCAUGUGUGCGUUCAGUUGAGUCCACACCAGGGAUGGCUGCUGGUCCCUACUAGCAUGCCGUGCUCGUGGCAUGAUCCCAACGCCCCGGUAUGACUCACAAGCACAUGGUUCGUAUCCCAGUGGUGUGGAGGCCCCGUCAACUGUAGCCUGUGUACUAGUGAUCUGUUGGUUCUUCUCAGUUCGGUUCCGGUUCUUAAAAAUCUCAGUUCUAGGUUAAUCGACACACAGUUUCCAGUCACAUGAUAUGCUGUUUGGAGUUAAAAUUGAUGUAGGGCUGAAAAGUGGUAGUAAACACCUACAGUUCAUGAGUAGUAGACACCUUUAAAUCAUAGUGCUUUGUUUUUAAUUUAAGAUAUUGUAAGAUAUUUAUUUUUCAAUAGGUCUUCUUUUAAUUGAAACAAUCAUCCCGGUCUAGUGAAAAGAGGGACAAAAAAGGUUGGGAUCUCGGCACAAAGAUCUCCAUUUUUUUAGUUCCAACACAUCUUUUUGCUAGCGCAAGAGGGUUGAAGGAAAGAAUGGGGAGGGAGAUUGGACGCUGUCGACCCCCAACAAAUUUUCAAGAUUUACUAUCCUUUUUUUCACGUGUCUCAAGGGACUUAAAAGGAAGGUAGAAACUUGUGCGUACAUACGUUUUACAGCGUUUUUACUGAAAGUCUACUGUAUUUUCACCAGGAAAAGUUUGGCUGUUAAACUUUCCGUGGUACCAGGAUUAUAUUUACCGUUUCCGGUGCUGGUUGAUUUGCUGAGAACCGGGACCGACCUAUCACUACUCUGUACAGCUGUGCGACACGAAACCCUCGCUCAUUCCGCUUCUUCCCCCACUCCUCUCAAGGCUGACAGGAUUUAUGCCUGCAGAUAAUGGCCACAUACCUAUUUUCUUCUACCUGCGGAGAUUCUAAAAUCACAGCUCACUUACUGGCAGUGUCCAAAAAGAUCCAGACUUUGGUUGGGGGAUGGUGUUACCUAAAUUAAUUAAUAUUAUAAACUUUUCAUUGGCUGUGGAUGUUGUUUUUGCCUCAUUGUGGUUUAAGGUUAACGGACGGGUUACUUUCCCGGAAAUUGUUCAUUAAGCUAAAGUUCGUUAAUUAAAUCACGUUUCUUCGUAAGGAACUAUGUUAAUGUCCCGGGUUACAUUCUGAUUAUAUAUCUGGCAUUUAAUAAAUGCAACCCAGUAUGUAAUGAACGGCAGAAAAUAUUUGAGUAUAAUAAUUGUUUGAAUGGCAGAGACUGUGAUUUCCAAUUGAACAGAGAAUUUAUUUUUAUUCAGAUGAAGUGUGGCGUGAGGCCUAUUUGCCAUUUUUGAGUAAGUGUACAGUAAUGUUUGUAAUCCAGCCGUUCGGGGCACGGCUGUGCCGGACUAUCCAAAUUCGAUACAUUUUUAACGUGAAUACCAAAAUGAAUCCAAUAUUCAGUGCAACUAUAUUAUUUUAAACAACUUGUACAGGGUGACCACAUUCUGGGAAGUUGGGGAAGUUGCAGUUGGUCAGUGAGAGUCAAGGAAAUUACUUUAAACCCUGGAAAAGUCAUGGAAAUUCCUCAGUGAUAGUAAUUUGAGGGGUAAAUGCCAUGCUCCAAUAUGCAGUCAUACACUAAACAAGGUUAUGUCUCAACCAGUGUAGUUAUAGGGAUGAUGUAGGCUGGUUUGUCUUCAUUUCUUCCAGAAAAUUUCAAAAUAUGAAAAUAGGCACAUGAAAGAAAAUUUGUAAUUUUGGUCAUUCAUGAAAAACAAGGGAAAUUUUUCUACAGAUAUGUGUGGACAUCCUGUUGUAAUAUUGUGCUGAAGAACGCAAGCAGCUGAAUUGGUGCCGGAUCUCAGAAAGUGCCGUACUGGAGAAUGGCGAAAUAAAGAGCGUCAUCUGUACCAUGUACCAAGAGUUUUGCUUGAAUGUGUUGUAACGGGACAUAUCAUUGCUUAGCAAGCAAUACAGCCUGACAUUUUUAACGAAAUUAACUUUUUGGUUCCGACGUAAUCUAGCGGAUUUUUCGCAUCUACCGAUACCAUUUUUUCAGCAAAUAUCCUAGAGAUAAUAUCACCAAUAUAACCACCUAAAUUCACAAAGCAGAAUUACUAACUUCAGUAGGCUCCAUGCUGAGGUAAUAGGAGAAAGUGUAGUUGGUUGAUUUUUGUCAUAAAAAAAAUUAUUUACCUUUUUUUUACAAAAUUCCUUCAGUCACAUUCAAAGUACACUCCAUUAGAUGCGAUGCACUUGUAAAGUCUUUUUUCCCACUGUUUGAAGCACCUCUGAAACUCUUCAACUCUGAUAUCCUCCAGUGCUCUUUGCGAAGCUGUGUUUACCGCCUCCACAUCAUCAAAACGGCUCUCUUUUAGAUUUGUCUUUAUUCUCGGGAACAGGGUUAAUGUCGCACGGAGCUAGGUCUGGCGAAUACGGAGGGUGGGGAACGACAGACCACCCCUGAGAGGCCAGUAGCAAAUAAAAGUGAUGGUUAACAGUCUGGCCAGGGGGGAAAAAUUCCGGUGCACAAUUCCACGAACAUCAAAAAAGACGAUGAUCAUCGUCUUAACAUUCGACUUUACUUGUCUUGCUUUUUUUUUUUUUUUGUCUGGGGAAGUUGGGAGUCUUCCACUGGUUCAAGUUGGGAGUCUUACACUGGCUCGACGCUUGCUUGGUUUCUGGGUCAUAUCUCUUUUUUCAAGUCGGGACUCCAAUUCAAUGAAUUUUUUUUUUUUUAAACCCUGUUUGAGAAGGCGAGGAACAAAUUUAGUGACAACAGGUCUCAUUUGCAAAUCUCAGUCAAAAUCUGCCGGCAUGAGCUCUCACUCACUUCUGUCUCUGAAAUUUUUGCUGAUUGUGAAACAAAGAUUUUUGUUGAUUUUUUGGCUUAUGUUUUCAAUGUUUUCAUCAUUUCAAGAUGAUGAAGGGCGCCUUAAACAAAUAUGGUCUUCAAGACUCAUGUCACAAUGUUUAAAGUGCCCAAACCACUCAGGAACUUGUGUGUGACUCAUAGCAUCCACUUUGAAAGCCUGUUGAAGCAUUUAGUAAGCUUCCGUUGCCAAUUUUUCAAGCAGGAAGCAGAAUUUCAAACACACUCUUUGUUCUUUUAAAUCUGCUACAAUAACUUUGCAGGCUGAACAUGAGAACAGUAAGAGAAAAACAAUACUACGAUCAAACAUUAACCUACAAACUGACACUGCCUGGACAGCUGUUUAGGGAAGGUAUCUACUAACCCCAUCUAGUGGGAGAACUCCAGUUUUUUGUGGGUUUCCCUCUUGUUCUUGAAAAUGAGCAGUUUUUAUUACCCUCCGUAAAAUUAUUGAAAUGUUAAUUAAGCGGUAUUGUUAGCUAAGUGACAAUAUGCCCAUUACUUACUAUCAGACCUCUGCAACAAAUUAAAACAUUUUCCCGUGGUGCAAAAUGUGGAAAAAGUAACUUGUAACAGAGGCCUGGCGGUAACGGACGUACGCCCCGUUUAGUCGUAAUGCAUGUACUGUGUUCGUCUGUGGUUUGCGAUGUAAAAAUGGCCUAAAUGCGGUUGUGGGAGAAUGCUAGUUGAAGAUUUUUUAAGUGCCUGUGCUGUGCAUAUGUGCAGCUGCUGUAUUUGUGCGGUAGGCUUGUGUUUUAUGCUGCCAGCGACUCUUUCGUUGAUGGGCUUUGUACGUAAUGCUCAUCUGAAACUGUUACUUUGUGUGUUUUACAAUGUGUUACAUUUAAUGGGAGUUUGGGUGUAAAACUGUACUUAUGUGUAUAUGUGUCACAAUGGUUCUGCAGUACACUAUUUUGUAUUGUUCAUAGUGUCCUUUUACAAUUCAUAUGUUGUUACUAUUACAGUACGUAUGUGCAUUGUGUGUGUUGAUAGCAUAAGAAAUAACAUUUUUGUCACCCACUGUUUUUUAACUGAUUCUUGCAUAUUUUUUUUUUAUGCAAAGGAUAUUUUUAAGAAGUUGUUCCUUUUAUGUGUGGUUAAGGGCAAGUAAAAUUAAUGUGUGUUUUUUUAAGGCUGCAAAAAUGAAACUUUAGACUUUGAGAUCCCAUCACAAGCGAGUACUUUUGCAGAUAUUAAAAAUUACUGGUGAAUAAUCUUCACCUUAUAACCUUUGGCAGGUUCACUCCAUGCAGUAGAGUUCCUACACAAAUAGUAAGUAAAACAGCUGCAGUUUUGUUGGUAAUUGAAACACAAAUACCCUAAAGUGCUGAGCUUAAAAAUUGGAAUUCUUCGUAGGUGUCUUUGACUCUGCCUCAUGUAGUAAAUAGUGAGUUACUCUUUUCCUUUUUUCUUAAUCAGUACGGAGGGUUUUUUUUUUUUUUUCUCCCACUUUUUCACUGAGUAAAAUGUGCUUGGUCUCUUGGUUUAUAGGUGGAUGGAUUUGUGAAAGCGUGAAAAUUAUUUAUUCUCCCCACAAACAUUUUUUUUUGUAGAUAAAUACUGUUUCAGUAAGAGAAAGCGUAAGAUGUGCAUCAAAGGGUGGCAGAGGGGAUUAGACUUUAUUUAAAAAAUAACUUGCAGUGUUGCAGUUGUUCUUGCGACAAAGCAACAUCUGCAGUAUUACUUGAGCAGAGUAAUAAUUUUAUAAAAUAUGUAUUGUCACACAUGUAUAUAAGUUAGGUAGUUUAUAGACAUAGAUGGUGUUGUUGCAGUCUUGAGCAUGAAUCUGGAGUGACUGUCUUUAUAUCAAUUAUUGUAAUAAAUAAUUUUCAAUUGUUGUACAUAACAUGAACAUUGUGUUCCCUGUACUGAAAUCUUUUUAAUGGUUAGUGUAUUACUGAAUAUUGUUGAGAUCUUUGAAAUGUUUGUAAAAUACUGUGCUUGUAUAUUCUGAUGUCUGUUCGGAAGGGAACCCUGUAACGCCAAUAGCAAUAGGUAGUGUGUAGUUGCAGAUGCAUUUUGUGAAAAUCAUUUAUCCUAGAGUGGAUUUGUUCAAGUACUACAUUAGAAAAAAUAAAUAAUAGUUGUUAUAAGAUCUAGUUUGGUUGCUUAGCCUGUGCCAGCUUAAAUGUAGUUUGCUUUAGCUUGUAAUUUUCUAUUUGAAGCAGCUUAUAUGUCGUGAUAAAUCCAGCAGGAAAUAAAUUGUUUCUAUAUUUUUUUAUGUUUUCCGUCCAUUAGGAAUUAUGAUUAGCAGUGUAGUGUUAUUUAUUUGGAUACUUUGAAGUUUGUGGACAUUACUAUUUAAUACACAAUAAAAGGCUACUUGAAAGUAAUUAAAGAGCUCGGCUGUGAGGCAAUGAGAAAACAAAA